GCAUCCAGUCGAGCGUGGAGCAUCUAACAGCUGCUCUGGCCGAGGCCAAGGAGAACAUCGAGACCAGGGCCACCAAGCGCAACCUGGACGAUGUCCACGCCAAGCUCAAGCAGUCCGACGGUCUGAUUGAGGCCCGCAUUGUCCAGACCGAGGAAGCGCUGCUGGCCGCCAGGGAGGAUAUCUCGGCCCGGUCUACCAAGAAGGAGCUCGAGGCUGUCAGCGAGGCUGUCAAGGCGCAUGCCACCGAGCUCCAGAUCCGAGACAUCGCCUUGGAAGAGAGAAUCAACGCAACCCAGGAAUUGCUGGCCGACAAAGUCAGCAAAACUCAAAUGGCCGAGACCGAGAAGCGGCUCGGGGAGCAGUUCACCCAGCUCGAGGCCCAGGACAUCAAGCUGGAGCAGUCCAUCAGCGACACAAGGGAGUCGAUCUUGCUCAAAGCCAACCGCAUGGAUCUCGAGAGCGCCGAGAAGAAGUUAGGGCGCCAGCUCGGCCAGCUGGACGAGAAGCUCGCUGUCGUCGACCAGUCUGUAGCCGAGGCCAAACAGGAGCUCAGCAAGGCCAUGCGCGAGGAUCUUGCCGAGAUGGCCAACCGCACCAAUCUGGCACUCGAUGUCGUCGGGGCCAAAUGGGAAGAAUUCAACGUCGUCAUCGAGGAUAUCAAGACCCGGAUCUCGGAGACAGACUCGGCGCUGCGGAAUCGCAUCAAAGAGCAGGCCCAGUCAACCGACGUGCUGAUUGGCGAGCAGACGGUGUCGCUCGAAGGCCUCAUAGCGUCCAUCAAGGGCCAGCUUGCAGAGCAGAUCGAUAAACUGGAUGGCUUUCCAGCACAGCUCCAGGCGCAGAAGCAGUACUUUGAGGACUUUAAACGGUCCGUGCUCGGCGAGCUCCACGAGCACGCCCAACAGACCCAGCGCUCGGUGAGUGAGGUCAAGGAUUCCAGCCGCUUCAAAGCGAGCAUCAGCGAUCUGGACCGGCUCCAGGCCACGAUCCAGAGCGAGGUCCAAAAACUCAAAACGCAGAUGGAUGUCGAUUUGAUGACGCAUGACCAGAAGCUUCAGAGGUUGCAGGACCAAGACAGCUCCAUCAAGGAGCGGCUGCGGGAAUUUGCCGCCGGCCGAGAGCGAGACAACCAGGAGUUCCAGACCCGAAGCCGACAGAUGCAUGAGAGUGCAACCAAGCGGAUUGACAGCCUCGAGCUGCAUGUAGCCGAGUACCCCAAGUUGAUCGAGUCGCUCGUGUCCGACAUCAGGCUGAUUCGCAGCGACCUCGACGAUCGUGUCCAGAAGGAGCUGGUCCGGGUCGAGCAGCAGGUUGCGCUCCUCAAGGGCCGGCUUCAGGACUGCAUCUCAGAGCAGGCUGUGCAGCAAACCAUCCAAACCUAUCUGUCGCCCGUCAACAGCCAGCUCCAGCGCACGGGGGAAACCAUCAUGGAUCUGCGUGGGACGAUGGACAAGAAGUGGGACAUUCUCAGCUCCGUCAACGCCCAGACGGCGCAAAACUCGAUGCGCAUCAACACCCUGGUCGAUCGCCUGAGCUCGCAAUCUUCGAGCGGCCCAAGCCCGAUCGAGCCACCAGGCGCAGUGCCUUUCGCCUCGUCCAGUGUACGAUCGAGCACGGGCUCGCUUGUCAAAGGCAGCUUCUACAAGCCGGCGCACCUGAGUUUCAAGGAUGAACCCGCCGACCGAGCCCGCGGCCCGUCCUCGGAUGAGGCUGACGGCGGGGCAGAGUCGACUGGUGACGAUCUGACUGACCUGGAGAAGCUUGCCGACAUGGCGACGAACGGAGGAUUCCAGCUUCCCGCUGUUCCACGCCGGAGUCCCGACGGUGGCGAGCACGAGUACUAGGUGUGAAUGCAGAGAAUCAGAGCAAGUUACACCACGAAUCCAAUGUGCAGCUCUCGUUGGCUGCAGUGUUCACAACAAAGUCGAGCGCCUGGACUUUCCGGUUAACGACUGAUUGCUGGAUCCCCUGAA